AUGUCUCGUCUUGAAGCUAAAAAGCCUCCAUUAUUUAUUAAUGAACCUUUAACAAAAGAUACAUUUAGUCAGUCACUGUGUCUGUUAAGUGGAAUAUUAAAAUCUUGCUAUGGUCCGGCUGGUAGACUCAAACAGCUCCACAAUGGUGUGGGAGGCAAUGUUUGUACAACUUCACAAUCUUCAGCUAUACUCAGUCGUCUUUCUGUUAGUCAUCCUGUGUUAAGGGUGUUGAUGACCUCUGUACAGAACCAUAUAUCCCGCUUCAGUGACUGUGGCUUAUUUACUGCCAUUCUUUGCUGUAGUUUGGUUGAAAACUUUAAAAGCCUGAAUGUUGCAUCUUGCACUGUCAUUAAAAUAAGCAAGCAUCUUUUGAGUUUAUGUAUGGACUACCUCAAAUCUGAGGCCUGUGGUUGCCGAGUGUCUGUGGAUUUUAACAGUGUUGAGACUCUUCUUUGUUUGGUACGUAGCAUAAUAACAAGCAAACCUGCUUGCAUGCUUAAUAAACUAGAAGUCGAUCAUCUCACCAUGCUGAUUUUAAAGGCUUUUAUGUUUACUGUUCCAUGUCAUGUUGAGACUAAUGCUGGUUUAGGAAAGUGUAUAGUAGUACCUGUGAAGGGUAGGAGAGUUGUGGAUUCUGCAGUUCUUCCUGGACUACUAAUAGAAACACCAGAAAUUCAGUUGGCAAACUCACUUACUGUCAAAAGAACUUGUUCAAACAUGAUCAAGAUAGCACUUUUCUGUGUGUCCAUGUCAGGAGACCUCUUUGACUCUGAAGAAGGGACUAUAACAGUCCAUCACAGAAUUUCUCUAGAAAUGUCAGAGCUAAAUCAGUUGCUUAAUGUAGGAAAGCAGCUGGUUAAUGAUGAAGUUGGCCUUGUAGUGUGUCAGAAAGUUAUCCAUCCAUCCUUGAAACGGUAUCUGAAAGAGAACAAUGUCAUUGCUGUGGACAGAGCUGGGCUGUCUCUGAUGGAACCCCUGAGUCGGAUGACAGGUUCAAAGCCUAUAGCUUCCAUAUAUUCAUUGUCUCACAGUUGUUAUGGCAGUUUGAAAGAUGUGUGCAUUGAGAGUUUUGCUUCAAAACAUUUUGUGCAUCUAAUUCCUAAUGACACAGUUAUCUGCAGCUUGAUACUCUGUAACAGAAAUGAAACAACAUGGGAUGAAUUGAAGCGUGCCUGUGAAACUGCAGAACAUGUGUUACAGUUAACAAUCAAGGAACCUUUGGCCUUGUUAGGAGGUGGCUGUACAGAAACUCAUUUGGCUUCAUACAUAAGACACAAGAGUUGUACUCUGUCCACCAGCAGUUUUAAAGAUAUAGAUUGUUCUCAGACACAAUACCAAUUGGUUGCUGAUGGGUUUUGCCGUUCUCUGGAGUCUGUAGCUUGUGCUCUGAAUCAUGAUGAUGGAGAAAUUCUUACGGACAUGGUUUAUGGACACUGUUGGUUUGUUCCAUCAGGUUUUCCCUCUGUCUGUAAUUGGUCAGAUUUAGUUUCAAAAUGUGGCUGUGGGAUUAAUGGUAACACUGAGACUCUCCACUGGAGGCUUUUGCAAGGCCAGUUUGGCUCUCCUGUUAUACACGGCUGUCCUGAAAAGCCCUUGGUAAAGGUUGCUGACUUUCUGACGUUGGACUGUUUUGCUGCAAAGUGUAGUGGCCUACAAGUAGCUCUGGAGACAGCCAAUCUGAUUUUGGAUAUCUCAUAUGUAAUUGAAGAUCAAAAUUAG